UUGUAAGAAAGGAGACGAAACACGUUUGCACAAAGUAAAUUAGCUUUUUUUUUUUAAGGGACAAAGUAAAUUAGUUAACCGACCUAUUCUCUCUCCAUCUAACCUCCGUAGCUGGUUCUCUUCGCUCUCUAAUCCUCAGUUUCAGUCUCCAAUGGCUAAUCCACAAAAGGGAGUGCUUUACAAUAAUAUUCCUUGUGAUUUUCUUGAGGACAUUCUCUCAAGACUCGAUGCCAAAUCUCUUAAACGCUGCGAGUGCGUCUCUAAAUCUUGGCUCUCUCUACUAAGGACCCCCUAUUUCAUCAAUCUCCACCUCCAGCGUCAACCACAUCGUGUUGCUUUCCUCCUGGAAAAGGUUAGAAGCUUCGAUCAAAGUUUAUCCAUUUUUGAUUGUGAAAAUCUUGCUGAGAUUUCUUCACACGAAUUUCCCUUUAUUGAGAGGGAUCAUUCGCCGUUAUUAUUUAUGGGCAGUGAUAAUGGUGUAUUGGGUCUUUCUGACAUGGGUAAUAAAAUGGUUUAUUUAUGGAACCCCGCCAUUAACGAGUAUAAAGAACUGCCCCCUUCUCCCCAGCGUGGGCGUAAACAAUCUGCACUUGGGCUUGGCUAUGACCCCUUGACCACUGAUUUCAAAGUGGUAAAGGUCUCAUCUCGAGACAAGGAUCGACUUUUUGGCAGUCGUAAUAGGUUUAAGGAGGGUUGCCAAGUUGGGAUUUAUAGUUUGAGAAAUAAUUCGUGGAAAACAAUGUUAAUGCCUGACAUAUUUUCAGAAUUAGAAUCAUCUACUUCUAUUAUAACUGUUUAUACUUCUCUGGGUUGCUCCAUUGUUGUUAAUGAGUGCAUUCAUUGGAUGAUUUGCUAUGGAAAUACAACAUAUUAUCGCCAACCAUCUUUAGGGAUAGUUGCUUUUAAUACAAGUAGGGAGAAAUUUAAGCUUAUAGAGGCACCUCCAAUUGUAAAAGUAUCUCAUGUUAAGAAGAUAGCUAACUUUUCUGGGUGUCUCUCUCUUUUCACUUUGGAUGAAAUCACAGUAGUUGAGAUUUGGGUUAUGAAAAAAUAUGGUGACUCGAAUUCCUGGUUCAAGCAUUUUUCGCUCAAUUUGAGCAUUCUUCUUACAAGCAGGGUUGAUCAACGUUCUGACUGUUUUGGAGUAGAUUUUUUGAGCAAUGGGAUACUUGUAAUUUCUAGGGCUGAAAUUAAUCAUUGGUUUUGGUAUGAUACCAAGAGUAAGAGACUUGUAAAUGCAUGUCGAAGAUCUGGUGUGCCGGACUUAAUUACAUAUAUUGAGAGUACUUUUAAGUUAAAGGCCUAAGGGGUGAGAGCUUUGUAUUGCCAGAGAAAAAUCCAUAUGUAUACGUAGUUCAUGGAUCGCGCAUCUCUCCUUUGUGCGGUAGUAUUGGCAGUAUAAGAGUUGGGAUGUCCAUAUGAAUUUGUGAUGUUGGCUCCUAAAUUCUGCAAUGAGCAACAAGUUUGUUUCUUUUGACUGGUUUUAUAAUUGAUGACACUUUCUGGUUGCUAAUGCUUAUUUGGACAGCUAUUUCUGAUCCUUUGGGUGUCUUGACGCUCUCACAGUUGUUAGGUGACUAUCUCCAAAAAUUUAUGAGUUUAUGUUUUUUCAAUAAUAUAUGGGAGAGGAUCAUGCUCUCACGGUUUAUGUUUAUUAGUUUCCUUGUUUGUGAGCAUGUUGUUUUCUGAGUUUCCACCCCCUCCUCUGAAGCUUCAAUAAUAUACGGGAGAGGAUACUUUAGUCUCAAAUUUCAGUUGUCAAAUGUCAUAGUUUGCUUUGCUGUUCGCGAGUCGGAUUGGGUCAAGCCAGUUCGUCUAGCGGACUAGUGAAAUGGUGGAAGAUGCUUUGGACUCUAGACCUUCCUCGUAAAGUUAUAUUAUUUUUUUGGAAAGUUGCUCACAAUUGACUUCCAUGCAUGGUUAAUUUACAGCAGCAGGGGGUUCCGUCAUCCAAUUUAUGUCCCUGUUGUUUGAAAGGGCCUGAAAGUGUGCAACAUGCUUUAUGGGGUUGUGAUUAGUUGAAGGCAAUUCGGAACUGUUACAAGGAUGUUUUGUCGCUCCCUGCACCUGCCAAUGUGAAUUUCUACGAGUUUAUGCCUGCCUGUGUUGUUAGGCAUGAAUUGGAAAAAGUGUUGAUUGUUCUUUGGAGAAUCUGGCACCAUAGAAAUAAAUAUGUUCAUGAGUAGGCUUAAAUGUGAGUCGGGCCUUGAAUUAUCUUAAACGUUACCUUGAAGCUAACGCUGUCAAAGGAAUAGAGAGAGACAGCAGGUUGUCACGAGAAGGGCAGUUGAUAUACCCCUCCCCAAUGGUGUGUGCCGCAGCCAGGUGUAGUCAAAGUAACACAGACGCAUCUUUGAAUGGUAUUAUGAAGAAGGUGGAACUUGGCUUAAUUGUAAUGAAAUUAUGAAGGAGCAUGGGUUACCAAAAAGUGGUAGUGGAAUCUGAUUGUCUUGGAGUGAUUAAGGCUAUUCAAAAUAAGACUAUGAGUUCUUAUAUAGGUUCCAUCGUUAGUGUUACUGCUAUUAUUUGUACUGAUUUCUAUGACAUUUCUUUCUGUCUUGCCAAUGCCAAUGGGUCCGCCAUUCUCUGGCAUAGCUAGCACUUUCGAUGGAAGAUCACUAUGGUGGCUUGGCUACCCAUGUUGUAUUCAUUCUUCCAUUCAUGAUUGAAAUAAUUUAUUAUAAAAAAAAUGUCAGUUUGCUUAGCCUAGAA